AUGCGCUUCUCCGCUUCCCUCGCCCCCUUCCUCGUCCUUGGGCUCGCCGUCCUCGUCGACGCCCUCGGCUCCUCAUGCUCCGCCCCCGUUACGAGCGGGACCGCCGCCCCCGGUGAUCCCUUCUGGAUGUCCCAGAUCGCCCACCAAGGCUCCGCGCCCUACGCCCCGGGCGGAAGCAGCUACCAGGUCUUCCGCAAUGUCAAGGACUUUGGAGCCAAGGGCGACGGCGUCACCGACGACACCAAUGCAAUCAACGCCGCCAUCUCGUCCGGCGGUCGUUGCGGUGGUGGGAGCUGCGACCAGUCCUCCGUGACUCCGGCCACCGUCUACUUCCCCCCAGGCACAUACCUCGUCUCGUCUCCCGUUGUCUCUUAUUACUACACCCAACUUAUCGGAGACGCCAAGAACUUGCCCACCAUCGCUGCAACCGCUAACUUCGCUGGUAUUGCCAUCAUCGACUCCGAUCCUGGCUGGUACGUGAACCAAAACAACUUCUACCACACCAUCCGCAACUUCAAGCUCGACACCACUCGUAUCCCCGCCUCGAGCUCCGGUACCGGUCUCCACUGGCAAGUUUCGCAAGCGACAUCUCUUCACAACAUCAUCUUCCAGAUGUCGACUGCAAGUGGCAAUGCUCACCAAGGUAUCUGGAUGGAGAAUGGGAGCGGCGGCUUCAUGGGCGAUCUCGUGUUCAACGGAGGCAAGUUCGGCAUGUGGGUCGGCAACCAGCAAUUCACAGUCCGCAACAUCACUAUCAACAACGCUGCCACUGGUGUAAGCCUUCGCUCUUCGGACGCCGACGUAUACAUGAACUGGAACUGGGGAUGGACCUUCCAGGGCGUGACCAUCAACAACUGCCAGGUCGGCUUUGACUACAACACCGGCGGCACCACCCAGGACCAGCAAGGCGUCGGCGGCGAGUCGAUUAUCGACGCCGUCGUCACCAACACCCCCAUCUUCGUGCGCUCCCUCCAGCCGAGCAACGGCAGCCAGCACGGCGUGCUCGUGCUCAACAACAUCCGCCUCAACAACGUCCCCAUCGCCGUCGGCGUCAACAACGGCGCUACGCUCGUCGCCGGGGGCACAAAAACCAUCGACUCCUGGGUCCAGGGAAACGUGUACAAGGGGACCAGCGCGUCCGGCUCGUUCGUCCAGGCCUCGGUUUCGUCCAUCUCGAAGGCGGGCUCGCUCCUCGACUCCGCGGGGCGCAUCUUCGGGAAGGGCCACCCGCAGUACGAGGGCUACGCGCCGAGCCAAUUUGUGAGCGUGAAGAGCCAGGGCGCGAAGGGCGACGGGAACACGGACGACACCGCGGCGAUCCAGGCGGUGUUCGACAAGUUCUCGGGCUGCAAGAUCAUCUACUUCGACCAGGGCGUGUACGUCGUCACGGGUACCAUCACCAUCCCCGCGGGCACGCAGGUUGUCGGUGAGGCGUGGGCGACGAUCUUGGGCACCGGCAGCGCGUUCACGGACUACAACAACCCGAAGCCUGUCAUUCGCGCGGGCACGGCAGGUUCCACUGGCGUUCUCGAGAUCACGGACAUGAUCUUUUCGACCCGCGGUCCUGCCGCCGGUGCUGUGGUCGUAGAGUGGAACGUCCACGACCCAUCCGGCCAGCAGGGUGCCGCCGGUACCUGGGAUACGCACAUCAUCCUCGGUGGCAGGACCGGCACGAAUCUGCAGGCAAGCCAGUGCCCGACGAGCAGUGUGAACUCGAACAGCUGCUUCUCUGCGUUCAUGGGGCUUCACAUCACAUCGUCGGCGAGCGCGUACCUCGAGGGUCUCUGGGUGUGGACCGCGGACCACGACCUCGACUCCGGCCCGCAGAUCAACAUCUACACCGGCCGCGGGAUAAUGUCCGAAUCUCAGGGCCCGGUCUGGCUGGUCGGCACCGCUAGCGAACACAACGUCAUGUACCAGUAUUACCUCGUCGGCGCCGCGAACCACUACAUGGGGCUCAUCCAGACCGAGACGCCGUACUACCAGCCGAACCCAGUACCCGGCAGUGGGCCGAACGCGUCGUGGGGGCUCGUCGUGUCCUCCUCCUCCAACAUCCUCGUGUUCGGCGCGGGCCUGUACAGCUUCUUCCAGAACUACAACCAGAACUGCCUAGCCACGUUCAACUGCCAGCAGCAGAACGUGAACAUCGACUCGUCGUCCUCCGUCGCGAUCUACAUGCUCUCCACCGUCUCCGUCGAGUACAUGGUCUCCAGCCUCGCGAUGUGGACGCACUGA